CCGCACGGGCAGCGCGAGGCCCGGAGCCCCGGCGGCCUGUGCGCCGGGAGCCGGCAUGGACCCCGAGCGCUGCGCGCCUUUCGGCGUGGGGCCCGGGCCCGGCCCUUACGCGGCCUCGGGGGACGAGCCACCGGGCCCCCACGGGACCCCCGCCGGCGCGCCUCACCUGCACCCCGCGCCGCCCCGCGGCCCGCGCCUGACCCGUUUUCCGGCCUGCGGACCCCUGGAGCCCUACCUCCCAGAGCCGGCCAAGCCGCCCGCCAAGUACCUGCAGGACCUCGGGCCCGGCCCGGCGCUCAACGGCAGCCACUUCUACGAGGGCCCCGCGGAAGCUGAGGAGAAGGCCUCCAAAGCUGCCAGCUUCCCCCAGCUGCCCUUGGACUGCCGAGGGGGCCCCAGGGACGGACCCUCUAACUUGCAAGGCUCCCCAGGCCCUUGUCUGGCCAGCUUGCGUGUCCCUCUGUCCCCGGGACUCCCUGACUCCAUGGAGUUGGCCAAGAACAAGAGCAAGAAACGCCGUAACCGCACGACCUUCAGCACAUUCCAGCUGGAGGAGCUGGAGAAAGUCUUCCAGAAAACCCACUACCCUGAUGUGUAUGCCCGGGAGCAGCUGGCUCUGCGCACGGACCUAACCGAGGCCCGGGUACAGGUCUGGUUCCAGAACCGCAGAGCGAAGUGGCGGAAGCGAGAGCGAUACGGGAAGAUCCAGGAGGGGCGGAACCCCUUCCCGUCUCCCUAUGACAUCUCUGUGUUGCCCAGAGCAGACAGCCACCCCCCGCUGCAGAACUCCCUGUGGCCCAGUCCAGGGUCUGGGAGCCCCGCGGGACCCUGCCUCGUGUCUCCGGAGGGCAUGCCCUCCCCGUGCAUGUCUCCAUACUCCCACACUCAUGGGAAUGUGGCCGGCUUCAUGGGGGUGCCGGCCUCCCCCGGAGCCCAUCCUGGCAUCUACUCCAUCCACGGCUUUUCCCCUGCUCUGGGGGCCCACAGCUUUGAGUCUUCCCCAGAUGCCGACUAUAAGUCUCCAAGCCUCAUCUCGCUCAGGGUGAAAUCCAAGGAGCCACCCAGCCUACUGAACUGGACCACGUGAUCGGUUGCAUGGACAUACAGACUAAGCUGCCCAUCCCCUUUUCUGUUCCCAGCUGCUCCCACCCCACCCCAGCCUGGAUGUCAGAGAGGACACACCUCUGCCUCCAAACCCCAGAUGGUUCUCGGAGGCCCAGGCAGAGCAGCUGGGAUCCUCAGCCUCCCACAGGGAAUAAGCUAGAGUUUGUUUUUUGUUUUUUUUUUUUUUCUCUUAGAAUAAGAUGGAGCUGCCCAGGAGAAAGUGGGGUUCAAAGCAGGUAGGAUUCUUCCUAUUACACAUUAGGUCCCUUCAUCCAACUCUGGGCUGGAGGGAGGAAGACACUGCCCUGCUUCCUUCAGAUGUUGUCCAAGUUUAACUGUCAUCCCUCCAGCUGAAAUGGCUGAAUUGGCUCCUCAUUCAGGGAACCCCGUAAAAUAAAAGGAGGAGGAUGCUGGUUGAACCAGAAGAAGCUCUUUGUGACUUAGGGGAAACCAGUCUUGCAGGACCAUCUAGGGCCAGACUUACUUCCCCCUCCCGCCACCAGGGGGCGAGCGCUCAGCGUCUGGAGCUCACGAGGGCCUAGAAGCCAGCAGUCCAGUUGGUGUAAACGGUGCCCACAGCCUCUGCUCUAGCCAUCCCUCAUCCCUUACUCUGGCCCUGUGCCCCUCCCCCAACAUGCCAUGGAGUCCUCUUCCCCUCCAAGGGGACGGAAAUUUGGAUUCUCUUCUAUGGAAUCAGGCCAGAGCAGGCUUCCUUGGUUUACUCAUUGGAUGUUGGUAAGAAUAAAACAGAUUUCCACAGA